AGGCUGUCGUCGCCGGUUGAUGACGAGUGGAGACAGCACGCGGCGGUUUAACGGUCAGCGCCAUGGUGAAGCCACAGUACAAGGGGCGCUCGAGCAUCAACCCCUCCGCCUCCAGCUCCAACCCCGAUCGGCCAAAAUGUGGGAGCCACAUGAGGGACAGGGCGACAAUCAAGCGCCUGAAUAUGUACAGGCAGAAAGAGCGAAGAAACAAUCGUGGAAAGAUCAUCAAGCCGCUACAAUUUCAGUCAAAAGUUGACCCCGGAACAGUGGCCCGAGUGGAGCCAAAUAUAAAGUGGUUUGCAAACACUCGAGUCAUAAAGCAGUCGUGCCUUCAAACGUUCCAAGAUGAGAUGGGCAAAGUGGUGAAAGAUCCUUACAGAGUAGUUAUGAAACGGACAAAGCUUCCGAUGUCCCUUCUGAAUGACCGAAUCCAGCCUCAUAAUUCAAAAGUGCACAUUCUAGAUACAGAAACAUUUGAAACAACCUUUGGGCCUAAAGCACAGCGGAAAAGGCCGAAUCUCGCAGUGUGUGACAUGCAAAGCCUGGUGGAAAAGACAGAAACAUUGACAAAUGAAUACAGCCUAGAAAAGGACAGAGAUCUGGUAGUGGAAGAUACUGGAGUAAGAGAUGAAGUCCGAGAAGAGAUCUAUAAAAAAGGACAGUCUAAAAGAAUAUGGGGUGAACUGUACAAGGUUAUAGAUUCUUCAGACGUUGUAAUCCAAGUGCUUGAUGCCAGGGAUCCAAUAGGAACACGCUCACCUCACAUAGAGGCUUACAUAAAAAAAGAAAAACCAUGGAAAAAUUUUAUGUUUGUGCUUAACAAGUGUGAUCUUGUACCGACCUGGGCAACUAAAAGAUGGGUUGCAAUUUUAUCCCAUGAACAUCCCACACUUGCCUUCCACGCCAGCCUCACCAAUCCCUUUGGAAAAGGAGCUCUCAUCCAACUUUUGCGUCAGUUUGGGAAGCUGCACAGUGACAAAAAGCAGAUCAGUGUGGGUUUCAUCGGCUAUCCCAAUGUUGGCAAGAGUUCUGUCAUUAAUGCGCUGCGUUCCAAGAAAGUCUGCAAUGUCGCACCUAUUGCUGGUGAAACAAAGGUCUGGCAGUACAUCACUCUGAUGCGUCGGAUUUUCCUGAUCGAUUGUCCUGGUGUUGUAUAUCCGUCUGGUGAUUCGGAGACUGACAUCGUGCUGAAGGGAGUGGUUCAAGUCGAGAAAAUCAAGUGUCCUGAUGAUCACAUACCCGCAGUGCUAGAGAGAGCUAAAUCUGAAUACAUCAGCAAGACCUACAAGAUCGAGUCCUGGAGUAGUGCCGUGGAUUUCUUAGAGAAACUUGCAUUCAGGAUGGGAAAGCUUUUGAAGGGAGGAGAGCCUGACAUACAAACCAUUUCCAAAAUGGUCCUGAAUGAUUGGCAGAGAGGACGGAUACCAUUCUUUGUAAAGCCACCGAAUGCCGAAGUAAGCUCACAGCCUAUCGAUAAGUUGAAAGCGGCCAAAAUCACGAGCGACGUUGAUCAUGUAAAAGAUGCCUCUGAAUCAUCAACUGUGCAGACUGAGCCAGAAGAGACCAAAGAGCCUAACACGGACACUCAGACACAGCAACUCGUUUCACAAGUCAGGCAGAACUUUGGAAAAAUCAACGUGGCACCAGAAUAUUUUGCGGCAGAUCUCCAACCUGUCGACAACUCUGACAAUGAAGAGGCUGAGGAGAGCUGCUCGGAAGGGGAGGAGGAGAAGGAGGGUGAGAAUGAGAACAAAGAAAAGGAACCAAUUGGAGUGGAACUAAAUCAACCGGAAGAAAACUCCUCCGAACCAAAGGGCAAAUCAAAAAGUACAAAAGUCUUACAGGAAUUGGAUGAUAAGAUUGCAAAAUAUAAAAAGUUUCUGAAUAAAGCCAAAGCAAAGAGGUUUUCAGCUAUUAGGAUCCCCAAGAAUCUGGCUGCAAAAAUGUUUACAGAUUCGAAUCAAAAAGAAGUGGAAUCAAACUUAAAUGGAGAUCCUAAAGCAGGAAGAAAGCGGAAAAUACAGAAUGAACCCAUCGAUGAUCAACCUCCCACCAAGCUUUCAUCCAAAGAGAAGCGAAGACUGGAACGAAUGCAACGCUCAAAGAAGGUUGGGGUUCGAUACUACGAAACACACAACGUCAAAAAUAAGAACAAGCAGAAAAAGACAAUCGGGGCAUCAGACCAACAGAAAUUCAAAAAGAAACAAUAGAUUUUGUACCCCAGCAUUUCUGUUGAAUAAAAGAAAAAUAAUAAUAAUCCUUGCAUUUGAUAUAGCGCCUAUGUCGUUGAGACAUCUCAAAGCUCUUCACAGAAUAUACUGUAAAAUGAAUGGACUAUUUUGUGGGUGGAAUUAAUAAAUGGAAUUUUACUUUU